ACCGCCUCUGUACACGCACGUCAGAGUGGACUUUUUCCCUCCGGUCACACAAAAUCUGGAAAUAGUAACUUUAUGGACAUUUUACUUUCUUUAGCCUGUCUCAAUGAUGGAACGUCGCUUUUUCAUUUGAUCAAUCUGGGGUAAAAAAACAAAACAAAACAUUUUUGCCCAUUGAACGAAGGAGUGGGGUGAAGCAUGGAGAAUAUUACAUUAUUUCCAGAUAAUCAGACUCGAGGCACAUGGGCCGAUUACAGUGUCGAGUACAAAGUUGUGAGCAUAUUACUGGUGAUAGUAAUUUGCGGAACUGGAAUUGUAGGUAACGUUAUGGUGAUCCUCGUAGUCUUAACUACUAAACAUAUGCGGACACCCACAAACUGCUACUUAGUGAGCUUGGCAGUCGCUGACCUUAUAGUACUAACGGCAGCGGGGUUGCCUAACAUCACCGACAGUCUGUUUGCCGGACAAUGGGUUUACGGAUAUGCCGGUUGUCUUUCUAUAACAUACCUUCAGUAUUUGGGUAUUAAUGCAUCCUCAUGCUCCAUUACUGCUUUCACCAUUGAGAGGUACAUCGCUAUUUGUCAUCCGAUUAAGGCGCAGUUUCUGUGCACUCUCUCGAGAGCUAAAAAGAUAAUUGUUUUGGUUUGGACUUUUACCACCUUGUACUGUGUUAUGUGGUUUUGUCUUUCUGACAUAGAAAAACAAGUUUACGACAACGUCACCUUAAUCAUAUGCGCUUACAAAGUGUCGAGAAAAUUGUACAUGCCGAUAUACUUUACAGAUUUUGCCUUGUUUUAUGUUAUUCCGCUUAUGCUGGCCACCGUUCUAUAUGGACUGAUAGCGAGAAUUCUUUUUCUCAACCCACUCCCCUCGGAUCCCAAGGAAAAUACAAAAACGUGGAAAAAAGCUUCAUGCGCAGGGAACAAAAAACAUCUAUCCAAAAACUCUUCCUUCAGCACAACAACAACCUCGCGGAGGCAGGUAACGAAGAUGCUGGUAGUUGUGGUGAUCCUCUUUGCGCUACUGUGGAUGCCCUAUCGCACGCUGGUGGUUGUCAACUCCUUCCUACCGAAGCCCUAUCUGAGCAGCUGGUUUUUGCUCUUCUGUCGACUCUGCAUUUAUCUUAAUAGCGCCAUCAAUCCUGUCAUAUACAACGUCAUGUCUCAAAAGUUCCGAGCCGCUUUUCGGAAGCUGUGCCAGUGCGGAGCGCAGCGCUCGGAGAAGCCUCCGGCGUACAGCGCGGCACUGACUUACAGUGUAAUCAAGGAGACGUCGAAUGGGGAGAGCCCAGAUCACUACACCACGGAAAUGGAAGAGAUGCAGGGGGCUUCCGAAGACUUCUUGCCUGGAAAGAAGAGGGUUUCGUUCAAGGAGCCCUCAUUGUCUAAAAGAAUUAUAGCGACUGCCUAGGUCCAUGGGAGAGGGGAGCGUUGGUUUGACCACUUCAUAAAAGUGGCCAUAUAUUUACAGUGGUGCCUCGGUAGGAACUAGGCUAAUGACGUGUUCGUUAACCCAGCUUCUCCAAUCUACACUUCAAGACAUAGUUUUGAAGAAAGUAGCAAAAAGGAGGCUUAAUUGAAUAGAAUGGUUUGCAUCCAAACUGUUUCAAUGUCAAAGCCAUGUAGUUGGUGUCUGGUUAAGUGAGAAGGCCAAGAAGACAAACAUCAAGCCUCCAGUUGUCCUGCCCAAAAGAUUUACAACCUCGUGCUCAGAGCACAACCCACAUUGGUUAAUAUAGCUACUGCACAGUAUAUCUUUGUUAAAGCACCAUCCCCAAGAGACUUGUUACAUUAAUGGGUUUCUCAUUGGUUUGCUCUAGUCACUGUGGAAAUGUGUGGCCUACAGUUAUUGAGCCUAUAUCCUAGGUAUUAUUUAUUUAGUGUUUUUAUAGCCAUAAAUUCUUCAGUCU